AUGACAGCCAAACUAUCGGACAACCGGUUACGAUUAAUGACCGAGAUCAUUUCGGGUAUGCGUGUCAUUAAAAUGUAUGCGUGGGAACAGCCGUUCGCCGAACUCGUAGCCAAUGCUAGAAAGUCAGAGGUGGGCCGCAUCCAGUGGUCAUGUAUGCUGAAAGCUGUCAAUUUGUCCAUGUUUUUUGUCACCUCACGGGUCAUACUAUUCGCGUGUUUUAUAACAUACGUACUGACGGGUAAUGUGUUGACCGCCAAAGCGGUGUUCGUAACGAUGGCUUUGUUUAACACAUUGCGGAUCACAUUAACACUACUCUUCCCAAAUGCCAUCACACAGUGGGCUGAGUCACGGGUCACAUGCGAUCGCAUACAG